GUGAUGUGUUGUUACCUGGAAGGUUGGCACAGGGAAAAAUACUGGGCAGUCAGUGGUACCGGAUGUACUGGAAAGACUCAUGGAGAAGUAGAGAGAGCAACGGAUUGGAUUGGCAUGGGAGAAAAUACCGGGAAGCUAACCUUACUGACUGGACCAAAGUCUUAGUGGCUAGAUGGAAGCCAGGCUUCAGCCAUUCCAAAGCUGCAGAGAACAUUAUCUGGUGUUCCCAGCAGCAUCUGUGUGAGCAGAGACAGCAUUCCUUAUCAUCUGACCACAGGCUGACAGGGGAGCAAGAGCCAACACAGUUCCAUCCAUUCUCUGAGGAACAACCAGAAGCUUCCGAAAGUAUUUUGUCAAGAGAAGGAGUACAGUCCGGCGUGGUACUGCACACCUUGGACCCCAGCUCGCAGGAGGCAGAGGCAGGUGGACUUCUCUUUUAGGCUGCUUGUGAAGUUGGAGCAAAUUCCAAGAAGGCAUUGUAGCAAGAUGGACGUGGGGAAGGACCGAUCUCAUCUGAAGCGCCACCAGACCCCUGAACUUCCUCUACAGAAGUCUUAUGCUCCAGACAUCAUUGGAGCUUGGAGUCUGAGAAACAGGGAACAACUGAGGAAGAGAAGAGCUGAGGCCCAGGGGAGGCAGAUGUCCCAGUGGCUCUUUGGAGAACAGAAAAAACGCAAGUAUCAGAGAACAGGAAAAGGAAAUCAAAGAGGCAGAAAGAAACAAGGGAACUUGGAGCAAAAGGCAGAGCCUUGGUCACAAACAGAAAAAGAAACUGUGCAGGAGGUAUUGGUACCUGCUGAGGAAGAAACUGUGCACCCUGGGAACUCUGCAACUGAAACCCUCCCCUUGGUAGCAUCCCCCACAAAAGCUGUGACUGCAGAACACUGUUCUGAAGUACACCAAGAAAGCAUUCAGUGCCAAGAAACAGCAAUACAGAAACAUUCUCAAACACACCAACAGAGUGCCAAAGCUGAAGACCUCUCUCCUACCAUGUGCAGAGAAAUAGAAGUACUUCAACAUUCUCCUAGAAUGUGCCAAGAUAUGGCCGAACCUGAGGUCCUCUCUCCUAAAAUGUGCCAGGAGACAGCUGUGCCCCAAACCUAUUCUCCCAAAGCACAUGAAGAAAUGACUGGACCUGGGGCACUCUUUCCUAAAAUGUGCCAGGAGACAACUGUGUCCCCAAACCAUUCUUCCAAAGUACCCCAAGAUAUGGCUGGACCUGGGGCACUCUCUCCUAAAAUGUGCCAGGAGACAACUGUGUCCCCAAACCAUUCUUCCAAAGUACCCCAAGAUAUGGCUGGACCUGGGGCACUCUCUCCUAAAAUGUGCCAGGAAACAUCUGUGCUUCAAAAACAUACUUUGAAAAUGUGCCUAGAUGUGGCCAGACCUGAAGUCUUCUCUCCUGAGAUGACUGUCCCCAAAGCCUUCCCCUGUAUAACACCUGGAGAUGCUGCUGGCCCAGAAACACUUCCCCAGUCAGAUGUCGCUGAAGGCUGUCCACUUGCCACAACUCCUACAUCAGUCACACCAGAAAAUACCACUUCUGACCCAGAGCUAGAAAUGGCUGUGACUGAAGGCUUCUUUUCUAAAGACCAAGAAUGCACUGAAUCUGAGGACCUUUCUACAAAAACACACCAAGAAGCAGUUGAACCUGAAUUCAUUUCUCAUGAGACUUACAAAGAAUUCACUAUGCCUAUAGUCUCCUCUCAUAAAACAAUCCAAGAAUAUUCACCUGGGCCUGAAGACUAUUCACCUGAAACAUGUCAACCAAUACCUAGGCCUGAGAACGAUUCACUGGAAACCUGCCAUGAAAUGUUGGGGCCUGAAGACCUCUCUAUCAGGACCUGUAAGAACAGGGAUGGGCCUAAACACAGUCUUCCAGAAGGAGCCCAGGAAGUAGGUGAGGCACAAGGGCAGGACCCUGAUGCGCAGGACAGUGAAGUCAAUGGUGCUUUCUCUCAAGAAAUGGAGGAAGAAAAUGAAGCAGAUCAAGCCCCAGAAACUCUAGCGAGUCCACAGGGUCCUCAAGAGGCCUGUCCAGAAAAUGACAUCUAUAGCUCUGCUCUCCUUUAACAGUGCUCAGUGAUGAAGCUGCAGUCCAACUCAAUAGAGCAUACACAUCUCCUGUGAUUUCACUGAAACACUGCAGCAGUCACUAAAAUUUGCAUUGCUAUUUUAACUUAUGCUUUUUUUCCAUUUGUAGAUCUUAUCUGAAAGAGAGAACUAACAUUUUUAAGGCUCUAACACAUAGACGAUAGUGUGUGUGUGUGUGUGUGUGUGUGUGUGUGUGUGUGUGUGUGUUCGCGCGCGCGCGCGCGUGCACGCCUGAGUGAGCACCCAAGGGUGGUGUGUAUUUGUAUAUGGGGGAAGACAGUAGAAGCAGGGGAAAGGCAGAGUAGCGGAUUUUCCCCUCUAAGAAGAAACAUAAGUUUGGUAAUUCUGAGGAGAAGACAGCAAUUCAAUAGGAACACUUAGUAUUUUCAAAAUAUAUAGUUUCUUGUAAAUUUUGCCAAUUAUUGAUGUUGUAACAUCAGAAUUUUAUUCAAGCUUUACAUGUCUCUUUGAGUUAAUCUGAACAAUUCUAUUUUUUUAUUUUUAUUUUUUUCCGAGACAGGGUUUCUCUGUAUAGCCCUGGCUGUCCUGAAACUCACUCUGUAGACCAGGCUGGCCUCGAACUCAGGAAUCCACCUGCCUCUGCCUCCUAAGUGCUGGGAUUAAAGGCAUGAGCUACCACUGAUGGGCUAAUCUGAACAAUUCUUAUUCUAAAAGUCCUUGCAAGUUACCUUGAA